AUGACCCCCUCGCCGCCGCCUGGCAGCCCUUUCGGCCUCGGCCUCGGCCCCGGGCUGCCCCUGGUCCUGCCGCUGUUGCUGCUGUUGCUACCGUCGGCGUCAGGCUUGGCCCAGGUGCCACCUCCGCAACCCCCAGCCCCGAGGAGGCCCCCCGUGGUGAUCGUACCUGGUGACUUGGGAAACCAGCUGGAAGCUAAGCUAAACAAACCUACGGUAGUCCAUUACCUUUGCUCCAAGAAGACAGACAGUUAUUUUACCCUCUGGUUGAAUUUAGAGCUGCUUCUUCCUGUCAUCAUCGACUGUUGGAUUGAUAACAUCAGGUUGAUAUAUAAUAGAACCACUAGGACAACCCAGUUCCCAGAUGGUGUGGAUGUGAAGGUUCCUGGCUUUGGAGACACCUUCUCUGUGGAAUACCUUGACCCUAAUAAAGCUUCUGUUGGAGCAUAUUUCUUCACUAUGGUAGAGAGCCUAGUGGGCUGGGGCUACAGGAGAGGAGAAGAUGUUCGAGGAGCUCCCUACGACUGGCGUAGAGCCCCAAAUGAAAAUGGAUACUAUUUCCAUGCCCUCCGAAAGAUGAUUGAGGAGAUGUAUGAGCAGUAUGGUGGCCCUGUUGUCCUCAUCGCCCAUAGCAUGGGCAAUAUGUAUACACUAUACUUCCUCAACCAGCAGUCGCAGGACUGGAAAGACAAGUACAUCCAUUCCUUUGUGGGGAUGGGCGCUCCCUGGGGGGGAGUGGCCAAGACCCUUCGAGUCUUGGCUUCAGGAGACAACAACAGAAUUUCUGUCAUCAGUCCUCUGAAAAUCAGAGAGCAACAGAGAUCCGCCGUCUCCACUAAUUGGCUGCUUCCCUACAAUUAUACUUGGUCGUCAGAAAAGGUCUUCGUGAGAACCCCCAAAGCCAACUACACCCUCCGGGAUUACGAGAAAUUCUAUAAGGAUAUUGGCUUUGAGGAUGGCUGGUUCAUGAGACAAGACACGGAGCAUUUGGUCUAUCAGAUGACACCCCCUGGAGUACGGCUACACUGCCUCUAUGGCACUGGGGUCCAGACCCCGGACUCUUUCUAUUAUGAAAACUUUCCUGAUCGAGACCCCAAGAUCUUCUAUGGAGAUGGGGAUGGCACAGUGAACUUGGAAAGCUCCCUGUACUGCCAAAAGUGGGCAAACCAGCAGAAGCAAGAGGUCACCCUGCUAGAGCUUAUGGGGAACGAACACAUUCAAAUGCUCUCAAAUGAGACAGCUCUUUCCUACUUGAAAAAUGUUCUCUUUGGUUUGUGAUGCUGUGUCCCAACAGC